AUACAUUCCGUUAUUAUAUUUCAUCAUAAGAGCAAGAGGAGGAAUGAGUAAGCGCGGUACAAGAAAACGCAUACUCGGAGUCGGUGCACCUCCCUUCACCACUGAUCACUUCAUCGCGCUUCUUUCUCUUGGCUCCAUCCAGCUCUAGGGUUUCUUCAACUUCAUGGCUUCCCCUUCUCAUUUCGACGAUGAAUUCGAUUUCGGAGGCGGAUUUAGCGGAAGGCAUUCAGGUCAUAAGAGGCCGUCUCCUGAUUACGACGAUGAAGAUUACGAUAACGAUCCGUUUGCGCCGAAGAAGGCUAAAUCAAAAGCCGAAGAAGCCUCUGGUGUAGCAACAGGAAUGAUCUUGUCACUUCGUGAGAGUCUUCAGAGCUGCAAGGAUACACUUGCUACAUGCCAAAAUGAACUUGAGGCUGCGAAAUCUGAGAUUCAGAGUUGGCAUUCUACACUUAAAAAUGAGCCUUCUGUACUUGCUGGGAUCACUCCAGAGCCCAAGAUGUUGAUUAAUUAUCUCAAGACCUUGAAAUCCUCUGAAGAGUCUUUAAGAGAUCAGCUUGAAAAGGCAAAGAAAAAGGAAGCUGCAUUCAUUGUAACAUUUGCAAAACGAGAACAAGAGAUAGCAGAGUUGAAGUCUGCUGUGCGGGAUCUGAAAGUGCAACUCAAGCCACCAUCAAUGCAGGCCAGGAGGUUGUUACUAGAUCCUGCUGUUCAUGAAGAGUUUACGCGUUUAAAGAAUUUAGUCGAGGAGAAGGAUAAAAAAGUAAAGGAGUUGCAAGAUAACAUUGCUGCUGUAAGUUUUACUCCACAAAGCAAGAUGGGGAAGAUGCUGAUGGCUAAAUGUAGAACCCUGCAAGAGGAAAAUGAGGAGAUUGGAAAUCAAGCUUCUGAGGGGAAGAUGCAUGAAUUAGGGUUGAAACUUGCAUUGCAGAAGUCCCAGAAUGCACAACUUAGAAGUCAAUUUGAAGGGUUGAAGAAGCACAUGGAAGGACUGACAAAUGAUGUGGAAAGAUCCAAUGAAAUGGUUCUUAUGUUACAAGAUAAAUUAGAAGACAAGAAUCGGGAGAUCCAUAGACUAAAACAUGAGAUUCAACAGAAAAACUUGGAAGAUGGAAGGGCAGAUGCUGCAUUCAACAGAAAUGACGAUAAUGAGACUAUAGACGGGGAGGCUGCAAACUAGUUUGAGAUUAAAAUUUUUGUAGGGAACAAUUUGUUCAUUUUUUUUUCUCUUUUUAUAGUCCCUUUUAUUGUUGUAUAUUAUAACAAUUUAAUAUUUUUUUGCGAAACUGUGAAUGUUGUUGGAGGAAUGAUUAUGCUUCUGCUCUGAAUGGAAAUAUAGUCCUCUUAGUCGCAGAUGGUGCUAUUUUCUUUUA